AUGACUGAUAGAUUAUCAAGAUCUCGACUGCCUAAAACUGAGUCACGGACUAAAUAUAGAGAUAGAAAUAUAGAAGAAGAAUCAAGUGAAACAAGUACUAAUAGUUCAAUGGGUCACGUUGAUGAAAAUUCUCGCGGUAGAUCAAGAUCAAGGGAGGAUCAUAAAAUAGAUUAUGAUAAUGAUUCAAUUAGUUUAAUGGGGUUUAAAACAAAAGCCAAAAGUCCGGUAAAGAAUACUGUUCAAAGAUGA